AAAGCUUUUCCGAUCUGACCUGUCUACACGUGCAGUUUGCUGCAAUUAGGGUUUUUUUCCCUUUCCUUCUUAAUACUACUUCUUCAACUUCUUGUUUUCUUCUUUAAGAUCACCAACUUGAUUUUUUUAUCGCCAUCAAUAAGUACUCAAGAUCGUAACCUAGAUCUUACUUAGUUUUCAUGUAUCCAUGGCUAAUUUAUAAAUCAAAUUCAGCUGGAGCUUGUUGUCAUUACUAUUUGUUAUGUAAUUUAGGACGACCCAAUUAAGAAACUGAUCAAACAAGCUAGCUAUACUUAGCUAGUUAGAGGUUGACAAGGUGGAUCGAAGACUUGGCAAGAGGCCUCUUCCUUUUGAUGUAUCGGAGGAGAAAAAGGAAGAUGAAAUAUUUCCUGUGUACCAACCGAUGACGAGCAGUUAUCAGCCGGCAGAUCAUGUUGGUUCUGAAACUAAUAUGCCGACCAAUGUCAUCGCCGGCUUCGGCGAUCAGUACGGCUGGCCAUUGUUGGUGAACAGCUCCACGGAACUUCACACAUCUCAACCUGCGCAGGAUCAAGGAGGCAGUGUACGAAGAAGAAACUACAGAGGGGUGAGACGGAGACCAUGGGGAAAGUGGGCAGCCGAGAUCCGUGAUCCAAAGAAGGCAGCAAGAGUCUGGCUGGGAACAUUCGACACGGCGGAAGCUGCAGCCCUUGCUUAUGAUGCAGCAGCUCUGAAGUUCAAAGGCAGCAAAGCUAAGCUCAAUUUCCCUGAACGUGUUCAAGGACUAACUGACUUCAGCUGCCUAAGGAGAACUACUACUUCUACUACUACUACUACUACUACUUCUUCUUCUUCUUCUUCCAGCAACUCAAGCACAGUUUCUGGAUAUGUUCCUACUUCAGUUCCUUUUCUUCCACAGCCAUUAAUACCUUCUCCUGUUCCAACUCCUUUAUCACAUUUAUCACGUGAAGCAUUUCCUGAUAUUUUACAGUACGCACAGCUGCUUUCUAGUAGUGAUGACAGUGAUGUUCAGUCUGCCGCCUGGAGUCUUUAUAGUAAUCAAAACCAGCUUCCAUUUUAUGGUUCAUCACAAUCUACACCCAUGAUAUUUUCAUCAUCACCAACUUCACUCGCAAUGUCUCAGAAUUAUCAUGAUCAACUGGCCAUGCAAGAUGAGUUACUGAGGGGGAGCUUUCCUUCUGCUCCCAAUUAUCUUGAGCAGGCUGGGAGGAAUGUUAAUCCUCCCGAUAAAAACCAAAAGGAUUGAAAGUUAACUACGUACACAUUAGGCAGGUUUCAUGCAAUGGAAGUGUGAAAACCUGACGCCGCCUAGUUUUUGCCUUUUGGUUAAACCAUUCUUAAUUAAUUCUCCGUUAGUAAAUGAUGUAUGAAUUCUAUAAGAAAGCUUUAUUUCAUUGGCUUGAAAA